AUAGAGGUUCAGGGCGGUCAGUUCAUAAUUUGCGCUACUAUGACGAGAACUGAGGGCCAGGGUGAACGUGCCUUAACUGCAGUGAAGGAUACACUCGACGACAUCAAAAGCCGUCCUCAUCGCCAGCAGGUUAUUAUAGGUGUAGGAUCAGGACUACUUGCAGGUUAUAUAUUCGCGAAAAUCGGCAGGGUUGCUGCUCUUCUUUUGGGUGGAAGUCUGAUUGCCUUACAAUGCGCCGUCCAACAAGACGUUAUACGUAUCAAUUGGAGAAAAGUGGAACGUGCUGGUCACCAAAUACAGUCAAACACACCUGCCAUCUUCGAAGACAAGGACUUCCCUGGCAGUGGUUGUGUGCACGUGGCAAUAUGAGAGCGUUUAGAGAGGGACAGCUGACUCUCGGCCGUACCAGGGUAUUUGGGAGCAUCCUACUUAGUAAUCAACAAUUUAAUUGCAACUUGUUCAACACAGGAUGUAAAUGUUUCGAAAAUCUUUAACUGUUUACCUAUGAAUAGCUCCGAAUCGGAAUAAAACAUUCGCUUACUUUUUCUCGGUUAUCAACACCCUCAGUUGCCAUGCUAGUUUAAAGUGAGGACGGGUUUCUUUAUACAUUUACUUAGUUUUGUACAAAUUUGCCCACUAGAUCUUUUUUAAAAUUUCAUUAUAAUUCCUUUACUUUACUUAUUUCUAUGUAAAGCGUGUGUCGAAAAAUAAAGUUAGUCAUACAAGAAAUGUGCAUGUCGUAGAUUGUUGUGAAUCAUUGUCCUUAUAUAUACGUAUUAUUGCUGGUGAUAUGGCUGCUUAUAAUUUUGUCAUCAAAUUUUUCACUAAGCACCAAUUUUUAUUCGUUUUCACUUAUUCCUUUUCUUCAUUUAUUGAUACUCAUGAAUAAUCUUAUCAGUUGAAUGCCAUACCAGUAACUUACUAGUAUCUUCUACUCUUAAUGGCCACGUUUCGCAUCCGUUUAGUGGAACGGAACGAAUCGCCACGCAGUUUACUCGUCCCUUAAUUAAUAGACGGAUAUCUCGCUUUCUCCAUAGGUGACGGAAGUUGGCGAAACCCAAACGAGCUUUUCGAAUCCAUGCAGAGAUUUCGUCAGACACCAACCUAUUAGUGUUGAUCAGACUUCCAACAUAAGUGAAGUUGUCAACGUGUUCGACUACUUCACUCCCUAUCCUAAGUUCAGGUGUUGACACAGGCCAGUCCUGAAGCAAUAACUUGGGUCUAGAGAGGGGAAAGCAUCCCAAACAUUCUAGCAUUGUCGCUCAGUGCUACUGAAAGACUGCACUUUAUCAGCGUCUUCACCAAUCGGGGCUAUGUCAUCUGCGUAUUCUAAGUUGAUAAGUGAACCUCCCGGAAGGAGAUCAAUUCCUGAAAAUUCAGUCUACGAGAACGUUAUUUCCAUCAAUAGGUCUAUGAUAAAGUUAGACAGAAAUGGAGAUAGUAGACAACCUUGCCAAACACCACUUGAGGUUGCAAAAGCAGAUGACAGUUCUCAAUAAGCUCUGACUCGACUAGUAGUGUUCGAGUGAAGAGCCUUCACAAAGUUUAUGUACUUCUGAGGUACGCCUUUCAAUGACAGACACUGCCACAGAACCUCUCGAUCUACAGUCAAAUGCUGCUUUUAAGUCAAGAAAGACCACCAUUGUCGGACGCCGAUAUGUGUGCCUAUGUUCUAGAACCUGACGAAUGGUGAAUAUGUGGUCGAUGCAGCCACGACCAGUUGUGAAGCCAGCUUGAUUCUCUCGUGUUUGCAGUUCACGAGUCAUUUUUAGUCAUCCGAACAUUAUUGAGAGUAGUAUUUUAGAUUCUAUCUUAAACUUAUGGUUAUUACAGGGUGAUUUUGACCCGCUUUUAUAUAUUAGGACAAUCAGUGAUUGUGACCAGCCAGAUGGGAUUAUGUCCAACCCCCAGAUUUUAGCUAAAGCAUUAGUUCGUUCAAUCCUACUUCUAUGGCAGUGAAACAUGGCCGGUAAGAGUAGAUGAUAUUCGUAGGUUACUAGUAUUCGAUCAUAGGUGUCUUCGAAACAUUGCUCGUAUAUCCUGGGACCAUACCGUAAGUAACGCAGUUGUUAGGAAACGGGUACUAGGUAAUGAUGACAAAUCAAUUGAUGCAGUAGUGAAACUUCAUCAGUUGAGAUGGCUGGGACACGUGUUACGUAUGCCCAACCACCGACUGCCUCGACGUGCGAUGUUCAGUGGUAUAGGAGUAGGUUGGAAGAAAGCUUGGGGCGGUCAGACCAAAACAUGGCGCAAAUCCAUAAAGUCACUGACAAGUGGUCUGAGUCACGUUGGUAGGUGAACACUACCUGAUUUGGAUCUGCGAAAUGAUAGCAACCGAUGGUUAGAGACCCUGAAUGACAUGGCUCAAAAUCGUGUGCAAGGGCUCAGUUUCAUUCACUCUUUACAUUCUCUCAAGUUCUAAUCUGAUGAAUUAUUCGUUUCCCUUUUCUUUUUCUCUUUCCAAAUUUAUUUCACUCGAUUAUACUCCUUGUGUAACAUCUUCAAACCGUAAUCUUUCCGACUACUGCUUAUACUUUUACUACCUCUACCACUAUAGGAUUUGAAUCGACAGCUGCAUCUCUGUACUAAUAUGUUAGGGCAACUCGAACUGACGUACGUACGUACGAAGUUCUACGUUGUUACUGACUGACUGACUGAAAGUAUUAGUCAACCUAAUCGCUAAAAUUGGACCACCGUCCCUAAAGACCUCUGGAGCCAAUCCAUCUUAACCAGCUGCUCUCCCUCGUUUCAGAUUAGCUAUAGCUUUCUGAACUUCAGGUAGAGUCGGGGGACCUACUUUAAUGUUCCAUUCACACUGUCGAUGGUACAAGAUUCUAGGUCCUAACCAAGGAGGUCUGCUGGCCGAUUUGACACAGGGUGCAUACGUUGAAGGCUCCAGUAUGUAAUCUGGAGCGAGUUUCCAGUAAACCUGAGACAGUGUAUCGCGCACUAGAAUCGUUGGCUAUGGUGACACUUGAGGAGGAAGACAAAAGAGCAAGUUUAGAGUUGAAAGUCGCGGUAGGAGGAAUAAUAUAAAUUGAACAGGGAGAUUGAUUAUAAACGCAGUGAUUUGGAGUGCCGUUAGUGGUAUGAGUGGGGGGCUAUCACUUCCCGGUUACCCACGCCGUGGAACGGUUCUUCUGGAGGUACCUGAAAAGGAAAUUGGAUUAGAGGUGUUUUCAGUAACGUAAGAGCGUGCCCGCGGUGCCUAAGGGGCAACUGCUUGAGGUCGGUCAUACACGACCUUUUUGUGAGUAAUUUUCUUGUUAGCUCCUUACUUAUUGGAACCUUACCGCUCGAGACGGAUAUCCGUGUGAUAAUGCGAGGUGUGCGUUUUAGGGUUGACGUUUUCUAAUCCCACCCCUUCUAAUGGGAAGGCAGCAUUGCUGUUAUGUUAAAUGUCUGAAGGAAACAUCUUACUGGCGUCACACCUGUGCACAGUCAGCAGUACGACUUCGACCUCAGACCUUGGGUUUGCUGUUUUUAAUCUUGCCACUCUUCAACCGACCUGUUUGGCAUGGUAGAAUCUUGAGGUAGCAGCAAUGAUCGGGACAAAUGUUACCUGAUGUAUGAAAUUGUAAGCAAUUGUCGUUGACUUAGCAAUCCUUUCAUUCACUUUGACUAAUGCUUCCUUAGUGUUGUCGUCUACUUAGACAUUUUUCGUAUUUCUAUUAGGAUGUUCCGCUAACAGCCUCAUGACAGUCGAUUCGGUUUGAACUAUCAAUAGAGACUUAACAACCAUCCAAAGGCUUUGAGUUGCUUAUUAGUGUUUAGUUUUGGCUAUCCAGAACAGUUACCACCUAUGACAAUGACAAAUACCUUAAACUUCCAUGUUAUCUCCAACAGAGUCAUACUGUAGCAUCGACUAUUGGUUUGGAAUCAGGGUUUUCCAACUCCCCUAAAAGGAUGUUCGAACCUACCGACCCGGUUAAAGCGUCAAACAUUUGCUUUUCGUUCUCUCGAUUUCUGAAACAACACCCUCGUCGCAUUUGGGAGCUCACGAUUAUUUCAAGAAGUCGAAAUUGUGAUACAACAAAUUUUUAUACAAUAAAAACUAUAACCUUAGGAUAUAUGAUGAAAAUAAUAAACUAAAAGAGAAGGUAGCUAAUCAGAUAACAGCAAAAGUCAGUAAGGUAAUAUCAAUUCAAAAAUUUAUAACGACCAUUUUAGCACUAAUAAAAUUAAUACGUUCUCAUUGAGUCAUGAACUUUUUAGAACACCUAAACGACUAAUAUACUUAAAAAUAUUGUAUUACUCAUUAUUAUUCACCCUCCCAUUUUCUAGAUUUCUUAAUGUUUCAAUCUUUUACUUGGUGUUAAGAAUGGUGCAUUAAUUUUUGUGUGUAAUAAAAAUUAUUUGGUGUUCAUAGAAUUAGAAUGUUGCUGUGUGUAUACAUGAGUAAAUAAUAAUUUAAAUCAUUUGAGCUUUAAGACAAUUGUGAUUUGGAAAGAUCGGUUUUUUUGUUUUCGGUUCUCCCACUAGUUGACUUGUAGUUGGAAAAAAACUCCACUUUAUAAAACUUUAUUGAAUUCGUGUAUUUGUUAUUCAUCUAUAUGUUUUUCCUACUGUCUCAGUGAACAAUAUAGUGAAAAAAGCUGUCCAAACAUAUUUGUAAGAUAGAUACAAUUAGGAGUAAAAUCAAUGAUAACUGUCACUGGCCUCAUUGUUAUUGUGCGGCGCAUAUGUAUUUAGUGCCUCCUUGUACCAAAUAAAUAUGAAUAAUAAUGUUAAAUAUAAAGCUUUAUAAAACUUUCAACCCAACGUCGUAUGCUAGAAACAACUAAACGUAUAUUUUUGAGGACUCGGAAAUUCUGAACGAAAUCACAAGAAAUACAAUGAGACUACUGCUCUAUUAGAUCAACCAUUCAGCUUUUUAAUAAACUAUAUUGUUUUAUAAAUUUCAAGUCAUUCAUGAAAAAGCCGUUCUACUGUUAACUUCAACUAUCAAAGAUAUUUCGAACUUCGUAGUACAUUAUACUAUUCAAUGUCUACAUCUAUGUUUUUAACAUUAAAUUUAGUAUAUUAUCCAUCGCACUAUAAAACUACACUUCACAGUUGUUUUAAUAAUAUUACAACAUUGAAAAGUGGUGUUCAUCAUUUUGGAUCGUAAUUGUCCCGCGAUUUAAAAAAAACUCAAAUAUGGGGAAAAGUGAUAUUGAUAUGUGCUUAAUCUCUCUCCCUCUCGUUUAUUUAUUUAUUUAAACACAUAAACAUUGGUGCAAGGAAGCAAUAAACAGAUAUGCGCCACAUAAAUCACUCGAUUUGUAUGAGGGCUGGGAUGCUACCCGGGUCCCUAAACCGAAGUAAGUGUUUUCCUUAGUGGACCACACCUCGAGACUUGGACCUGAAGGUCGAAUCCACAUGGCAAUAAAGUAACUUCAGGAGAUGCAGUCCCAUGGUAGCCAGUGACCAACGAUUGGUUCACACGCCAUUUGUUUCCUGUGGGUUUACUGGAGCCCGUGUGCCCCAUUGGUCUAAAAUCAGGGUUAUUUUCCAACUCUCCUAGAUGGACUCUCCAUGUCCAUCAACCCGGCUAAAGCGCCGGACAUUCGCUUCUCUCUCAUUAAAUAUAUAUAUAUAUAUAUAUAUA